AUGUUCCGCGCGCGCCGCUACCGAGUCCUCCUGAUCUUCGCCGCAACCUUUGUCUUCGCGUUCUGGCAUUUUUCAAGGUCGCGCGAAUGGCCGGAGGCUUCCUCGGUGCAGGGCGUGCCGGCUGUUGUCGAUAAUAGUAUUCCUUACGUGCCGCCGACCUCGAAUUUGGGGGCUGCGAAUGCGGUGGAUAAUGAGCGGGUGUCUUCUCCGAUUGAGAAAACCGGGGGUUCGACGGGGAGCUCGGCUGGUGGCUCAACAAGUGGUUCGACAAGCGGUUCCACUUUUGGCUCAACCGGUGGUUCUACUGGCGGAUCGUCUGGGGCCUCAACCGGGGGCUCAACCGGCGGCUCUACAGGAGAUUCUACUUUUGGCUCAACCGGCGGCUCAACGACGCAGGACUCGACGCUGGACGCCGAGCCUGCUCCUAAGCUGGCGAAUGGUGGUGGGUCAACAUCAGACAGCGGUACAUCAGGGACGUCGGGCAAAUCGUCAAGUUCGGAUAGCAGCUCACUAGCAGCGGAGAAGGCACCUGGAUUUGGUGACAAGCUGCCAUCUUCGUCGUCCUCAACCUCAUCAUCCUUAGCCGGGACAGGAAUCGGUAGCGACGCACUGGGCGAGGAAAUCGACAACGGUGGUUCCGGCAGAAAGGAGGUGACGAUCAAACCGGGCAAGGAACUGCCCAAGUCACAAUGGCAGUCCCUCCCAGAGGACUACCCCGUCCCCGCGAGCCAGAUCAUCAAGCUACCGAAAGACAUCCCCAAGAAGCUGCCCAAACUGCAGGCCUCAUUCAAGGACGAGUCCAGUUCUGCCCAGCAGGAGCGCCUGGAGCAGCUCGGCUCCGUCAGAGCUGCCUUCCAGCAUGCCUGGAGCGGAUACAAGAAAGUGGCUAUGCGCCAUGACGAAGUCGGGCCCUUGUCAGAAACUAUUCACGAUCCGUUUAAUGGAUGGGGUGCGACGCUGGUCGAUUCUCUGGAUACGUUGUGGAUUAUGGACAUGAAGGACGAGUUCCAUGAGGCAGUGGAUGCUGUGAAGAGGAUUGAUUUCACCCGGUCUCCGAGAGACGAUAUCCCCGUGUUUGAGACCGUCAUUCGAUAUCUGGGUGGCUUGCUGGGUGCCUAUGAUAUCUCGGGCCAGCAUUAUGAGAUCCUUCUCGACAAGGCCAAGGAGCUCGCGGAGGUUCUCAUUGGUGCAUUCGACACGCCGAAUCGCAUGCCUGUUCUCUAUUACCGCUGGGCUCCGGAGCAUGUCUCCAAGCGCCAUCGGGCCAAUGCCCACGCUGUCCUCGCUGAGAUUGGGUCGCUGUCUCUCGAGUUUACUCGGUUGGCGCAACUUACCAGGGACGACAGGUAUUAUGAUGCGAUUGCACGGAUCACCAAUGAGCUGGAGAAGAUCCAGGACUCCACCACCAUUCCCGGCCUGUGGCCCCAGCAUCUCAAUGCACAGGGAUGUGCCAACUAUAAGAUCCCGUCGUCUUCCAGCCAUGUUGGUUCCGCGCUCAGCCAGUCGAAUGACCAGUCAUCCUCCUCUCAGCCAAAGAGUAACAGCAACUCCGACUCCAGCAACUCCGGCUCCAGCAACUCCGGCUCCAGUAGUUCUGGUUCUAGCUACUCUGGGAGCGACGUGGGAUCCGGCAACUCUGGCUCUCUCUACUCUCGAGAUGUCGUUAUCGAAGAUGCCGAACGGGCCGUCGGUGCCAAUGCUGCCAAUACUCUCGUCGAUCCCAAGGUUGAUACAAAAGCCGCGACCAGCCAAACCCAAUCAUCUGAGGCUGAAUGCAAGGACGGAUUGCUCAUGCCCCAAACCACGCGCGAUAACAGCUACGGUCUGGGAGGGGCGUACGACUCGACCUACGAAUACCUGCCCAAGGAGUUCUUGUUGUUGGGCGGCGUGAACGUGCAGUACGAGAAGAUGUACAAGAAGGCGAUGAGCGCCGCCCGGAACUAUUUGCUCUUUAAGCCGAUGGUCAAGGACGGGCGUGACCUCCGCUUCUUUGCCUCCACUAUCGGCCUGGACCCCACGAAGAAAGCGAUCCCCCGUUCAGCAGAUCUCGUUUAUGAGGGCAGUCACCUGUCCUGCUUUGCUGGCGGCAUGAUGGCUCUCGGUGCCAAAGCCUUCGAGAUCCAGGGCGACCUGGAGCUCGCCGGUAAACUGACCGAUGGCUGCGUGUGGGCGUACGAGUCGACCAAGACGGGGAUCAUGCCUGAGCAGUUCCGCCUGCUGCCCUGUGAGAAGGAUGUGGCUUGCACAUGGGACGAGAGCCGCUUCCAGUCGGGCGUGCAAAAGUGGGGGACUACUCAGGACUCGCACGCUCAGGCGCAGUUUCGUAGCGCGGAGAGCGAAUACGGACAGCGAGUGAAAUUGAACGAGGAGAGCGGUGUGGAGCGUACUGGAGAGGGCGGCAUGGCCGUCCCCAUGCCCAUGCCCGGAUCAGUGAAUCCCCACGACGACCUCGACCAUGUGUACAAACGCGACGUGUUCGCAACGGGCCGACAAAAUCCCUCCGACAGUCACGAUAUUGACCCGUCUCUCGAUGACCGAGACACAUUUCGCGACACCUCCCGCGACAAAACCCCCGACAGCAGUCGCAACCCGCAAGUCGUCUCCUCACAAGCGCAGGCUGAAAACGACCGCCGGCCCGCGGGCAUGCUGCGGAUCUCGUCGCCGCAGUACUUCCUGCGUCCCGAGGCGAUCGAGUCUGUGUUCAUCAUGUACCGCACGACCGGUGACGACUACUGGCGCCGCAAGGGCUGGAAGAUGUUUGAGGCGAUCCAGAGAUAUACGCGGACUGACUUGGCCAACGCGGCUAUCAACGACGUUACGUCCGAGGAGCCCGUGCUCAAGGAUACGAUGGAGUCGUUCUGGCUGGCUGAGACGCUGAAGUAUUUCUAUCUGCUCUUUAGCGAUCCGAGUGUUGUGGAUCUGGACCAAUAUGUUCUAAACACCGAGGCGCAUCCCUUCCAACGCCCGAUCUCGUAA